UUUUUUAUUGACCUGUUAGUAUUAUGGUCUGCAUUGAUAGGCGCAGUCACGUCGACUUGAAUACGCAUCUGUAGUACAACGAAGUUUCGGAGUUUCAUAUUUUGCAAUAAUAAAAUAAAUACAUUGUACCGUAUGAAAUUCUCAACAAAAAAGUAUUGAAAAAAUAUACUUCUGCUAUAAUCGUCACGAACCUAUAAAUAUUAAAUAUUGUAUCUAUAGUUGAUAAUAUUUGGAAACAUGAAGUGGCCAACAUUUUCAAUGAAAUCAAAUACAAACAAUUUCAGUUAUGGAAUCAAUUCCACCAUAGCACAGAUCGUGGCGUUGACAACGUCCUAUCUUUUUAGCAUGAAAGUUGGUAUCGACAUGAUGACGCCAACGAUUAUAAUUGGCGCCGUGACCGAUAAACGCAAUAACACCGGCUACAAUCCUCUAUCCGACAUAUCGGAAGAACAGACAUCCUGGAUAGGAAGUCUCAUCUACUUGUUCCCGCCGGUGGGCAGCGUGGUCGUGUCCUUCGUGCAGGACCGUUUCGGUCACCGGGCGUGCAUGAUGGUGUCCAACGUCUCGCACUUGCUGUCCGUGGCCAUGUUGCUGUUGUCCGAAGGGCCGGCCGGACUGUACGCCAGCUCAGCACUGAUGGGCUUCAACGUGGGCUUUGUGACCAGCUUCUCGCUGUCGUACUGCGGCGAAGUGUGCGAGCCCAAACUCCGCGGCACGCUCACCGCCGUUCUCAACCUGUUUUACUUCGCCGGUUACCUGUGCAUCACCAUGCUGUACGCGGUCACCGCCGACUGGCGGAUAUCCGUGCUCUACACCGCGACCUUGUCGCUCGUCAACGCUGUGCUCCUGUUUAAGACACCAGAUUCACCAAUGUGGUUGAUGUCCCGUGGCAGAACAGAUGAGGCGAAAAGCACGUUCAACAAACUCCGAGGUAGCGUAGGCGAGGAAAAGUGUGCUGUUGAGUUUCGGGACAUGGUUCGUUACACAUCCGAAAUGAAUCUGAAAAAUCUACCAAUAGAUGGAGAAAAACAAGAAAUGUCUUCUAUCAAAGAUUCACUACACCGCUUUAUUGAACCCGAAACAAUGAAACCUUUACGAUUGCUCAUGAUAAUGAUAUUCUUCACCAACCUGUUGUCCGGUAUACCGUACACACCGUAUCUGAUAUCCGUAUUCGAUACAUUCCAAGUGUCUUUUCAUCCCGCUUGGGCAACGACGAUGUACACGGCAUUUGGCGUCGCGGGCAACGUACUGACCAUAUGCUCUAUAAACAAAUUGGGAAAGAGAUUUCUGGCUUUGUGUACAAUGGCAACUUGUUCAGUUUGUUAUCUGUCUAUCGGAAUCGUUGGAAAUGUAUUACCUUCGUCUCCGGUCACUUCGUGGAUAAAAAUCGUUUUGUUUUUCAUGUCGACUUUUUUUUCGUCGAUGGGAAUCAUGCCCAUAAUAUGGAUUCUCAUGUGUGAAAUUUUCCCAAUGAGAAGUAAAAACGUCGGAGCCGGUCUUAGUUCAGCGACAUACUUCAUUUUGAGUUUCCUGAUGACCAAAUUCUAUUUGGAUCUCGAAAUGAUAACGGGUUUCUACAACACUUUUGUUUUGUUUGGUUCCUUAGGCCUAAUCGGUCUGAUGUAUUUGCACUUUCAGCUCCCGGAGACCGAGAACAAGACGCUAAACGAGAUUUCGGAACACUUUAAGUCCAAAGACACGAAAUGUUUGGUGUUAACGACAACGUAUUUCUUGAAUGUCCAACAAGGGAUAGACGUGAUGAUGCCAACGAUAAUCAUCGGGGCAUUAAAACGUGAAGGCGACAACACCGUGCCCGGCAUAACGGACGAGCAGAUAUCAUGGAUCGGAAGUCUAGUGUACUUGUCACCACCCAUUGGGAGUCUGUUCCUGUCGCUGGUCCAGGCCCGGCUUGGUCACAGGAUAUGCAUGGCGCUCACUAAUCUCAUUCAACUGUCGUCUGUGCUUGUCGUGGUCCUUUUUCCGAUCACAGUGAGCUCUUUGUACGCGUGCUCGAUGUUGAUGGGCCUCAGCACAGGUUUCGCAACCGGCCUGAGCAUAUCUUACAGCGGAGAGGUGUGCGAGCCUAAGCUCCGUGGCUCGUUGACGUCCGCCUUGAACGUUUUCUACUUCGUCGGAUUCUUUUUUGUCUCCACUACGUACGCCAUCACCGAGAGCUGGAAAAAAUCAUUGAUUAUCGCAGUCGCCGUGCCCCUGGCCAACAUGCUCGCACUGUCGAUGACUCCCGACUCACCGAUGUGGCUGCUGUCCAGAGGGAAGACAGACAAGGCGAGGAAGAUCUUAAUGAAGCUUCGGGGAUGUGUGAGCGAAGAGAAAUGCGCCCCAGAAUUCCAAGAAAUGGUUCAAUACGUUUCUCUGUCGGCCAAAUCGGAAGAAGCAAAGAAAAAACCUUCGUCUCUGGGUAGCUUUUCACAUCCGGGACUUUGGAAUCCGCUCAAGCUCAUGUUAAUCUACAUAUUCUUCUCGAAUGUCAUGUCUGGUGUACCGUAUGCGCCGUAUUUGAUGAACGUAUUCAGUUCGUUCAACACACAAGUAGAACCUGCAUGGGCAAUGUCCGCCUAUCCCGCAUUCAGCAUCAUUGGUAAUGUGUUCACCAUCCUGUUGGUUCACCGGCUAGGCAAGAGAUACCUUGUGCUAUCAACCAUAACCGUCUGUUCGCUGUCAUACAUUCUUAUCGGUUUUAUUGGACAGUUUUACGACGAUACCGAGUACACGUCCUGGGCAAAAUUGGCAUUAUUCUUCGGGUCAACGUUAUCCUCAUCGCUGGGCGUUAUGCCGAUCGGAUGGAUCCUCAUGAGUGAAGUGUUCCCGAUGAAAAGUAAAAAUCUGGGUUGCAGCAUCUGCUCCGCGGUGUAUUUCUUCCUCAGCUUUUUCAUGACUAAGUUCUACAUGGACCUCGAGAAGUUUAUUGGCUUUUACAACACGUUCUUUUUGUUUGGCGGCAUUGGGAUUGUCGGGCUCGUGUACUUUUACUUUUGUCUACCAGAAACUGAAAACAAAACGUUAAAGGAGAUCGCUGAACAUUUUAAACUCGAACCCGUGUAGCUUGCGGAAAUAUCCCUUUACUCAACUACCGACAUCAGCUGCAGCUGGUGCAUCAUAAUAUAUAUUAUUAUAUGGUAUAUUGUUAUUCCUAUUUGAACGCAUCAGCCUGCGCACGUUACAAUAAUAUAAUUUAAUAUAAUAAAAUAAUUAUAUAGGCACAUUCAAAUAUUUCAAAGAUAUUAUAAUAUUGUAUAUAAUAUAUUACUCUGUUGCGUUGAUAAUAUUUGUCAGACUUACUUAGACUGUUGCUGUCAGUGGAACGUACAAGAACCGUCAAAAAUAUGUAUUUAUGGAUACAAUGAUUCACUCGCAAAAUUAUAAGGUCUAAAUUAUUAGCAAUCAAACAAAAAAAAAUAUUCGAAAUUAUUAUUAUAUUUUGUUUUAUAAUGUUAUAUAUUAUAAUAGACUGACUUUACAACAGAAAUAAAUAAAUAUACAUAUAUAUUUGUA